GUGUGUCUCAGGGGUGCUGAGCCUGGGGGUGCUGACUCUGGGGGUGCUAAGCCUGGGGAUGCUACGCCCGGGGGUGCUGCGUCUUGGGGUGCUGAGCCCGGGGGUGCUACGUCCGGGGGUGCGGAGUGUGAGGGUACUGGACCUGCUCGUGUGGCGUCUGGCCGUGCUGGGCCAGGAGGUUCUUCGGGUGCUUCGUCCUGGCGGGAGCUACUCUCUCCACAGGAGCUGCGUGAGUGGUUUGCCCGGCGCUGGAGGCGAGCUGCUAGAGCUGGAGGUGCUGCGGGUGCUGGAGGUUCCGCUGGUGCUGAGGGUGCUGGUGCCUUGGGUCCCGGAGGUGCUAGUACUGGGAGUACUGGAGCUGCUGGGCCUGCGGGUGCUUCUCAUACUGGAGCUGGUGGUGCUGCGGGCGUCGGUGCUACUGAGGGUGCUAGAGCUGAACCCGCUGCGUCUUCUGGUGGUCCGGCUGGAGCUGGGGCUGCUGGGGGUGUUGGCGCUGAGGGUGCCUCUUGUGUUGUUGCCUCUUAGGGUACUGGAGUUGGCGCUGCUGGAGCUGGGGGUGCUGCUGGAGCUGCUGGAGCUGGAGCUGCUGGGGGUGUUGGCGCUGGUGGUUCUGCUGGCGUUGGUACUUCAGAGGGUGCUGGAGUUGGCGCUGUUGAAGCUGGAGGUACUGCUGGCGCUGGUGCUGCCGCUGGGGGUACUGGUGCUGUCCCUGCUG